GAAGCGGUGCGCGGGGGUCGACCAGGGCCUAGGGGAGGCGGGCCGAGGGCUGCUUGGUUGCGGCCCGCGGCGGUCGUAGGCAGGAGGAGGUGGCCCUCGCGGCGGCGGCCGCAGCGCGAAGACGGCGGGCAUGGUGGGGCGGGAGAAUGAGCUCUCCAUCCCCUUUGUUCCCGGGAGCUGUCGGCUGGUGGAGGAGGAAGUUAACAUCCCUAAUAGGCGCGUUCUCGUUACUGGUGCCACUGGGCUUCUCGGCAGAGCCGUAUAUAAAGAAUUCCAGCAGAAUAACUGGCAUGCUGUUGGCUGUGGUUUUAGAAGAGCAAGACCAAAAUUUGAACAGGUUAACCUAUUGGAUUCCAAUGCAGUUCAUGAAAUCAUUCAUGAUUUUCAGCCCCAUGUCAUAGUACAUUGUGCAGCAGAGAGAAGACCAGAUGUUGUAGAAAAUCAACCAGAUGCUGCUUCUCAACUUAAUGUGGAUGCGUCUGGGAAUUUAGCAAAGGAAGCAGCUACAAUUGGAGCAUUUCUCAUCUACAUUAGCUCAGAUUAUGUAUUUGAUGGAACAAAUCCACCUUACAGAGAGGAAGACAUACCAACUCCUUUAAAUUUGUAUGGCAAAACAAAAUUAGAAGGAGAAAAGGCUGUCCUGGAAAACAAUCUAGGAGCUGCUGUUUUAAGGAUUCCUGUUUUAUAUGGGGAAGUUGAAAAGCUUGAAGAAAGUGCUGUGACGGUCAUGUUUGACAAAGUGCAGUUCAGCAACAAGUCGGCGAACAUGGACCACUGGCAGCAGAGGUUCCCCACACAUGUCAAAGACGUGGCCACUGUGUGUCGGCAGCUAGCUGAGAAGAGAAUGCUGGACCCAUCGAUUAAAGGAACCUUUCACUGGUCUGGCAAUGAACAAAUGACUAAGUACGAAAUGGCGUGUGCAAUUGCCGAUGCCUUUAACCUCCCCAGCAGUCACUUAAGACCUAUUACUGACAGCCCUGUCUUAGGAGCACAGCGUCCAAGAAAUGCUCAGCUUGACUGCUCCAAAUUAGAGACCUUGGGCAUUGGCCAGCGAACACCAUUUCGAAUUGGAAUCAAAGAAUCACUCUGGCCUUUCCUCAUUGAUAAGAGAUGGAGACAAACGGUCUUUCAUUAAUUUCUAUGUUUGUUUUUUUUUUUUAAAUGAAAAGUAUAGUAUGUGGCACUUUUUAAAGAAAAAAAGGAAAUAGUUUUGUAUGAGUACUCUUUAAUUGUGACUCUUAUGAUCUUUCAGGUAAAUAAUGCUCUUGCACUAGUAAAAUUGUCUAUAGAAAACUAAAGGGCAAUGAUGCUUUGUUCACAGUAAUGAUUUUUCUGUUUAUCACUUUCUUUGUUCUGGCUUAACUUGCUGUUUGAGUUUAGUAAAUUAUGACUCUUAAAUAUUUCAGAGCCAGGAUGAAAAACUGAUCUGCUGUAAACCUUUUUAUGGAUGAAAUGCUUUGUUCAUUCCUGUGACCUUCAUAUUUUCAGGGUUUAUUUUUUGCAACUGUUGACCCUUUUAUGUUGAUUGUUUUAAAGUGUGUGAAAUAGUAUGAAAAUCAUUGGUGUUCAUUAUUUGCUUUGCUUGAGCUCAGAUCAAAAUGUUUGAAGAAAGAAACUUUAUUUUUGCAACUUAAGUACAAUUUUUAUGCUUGAGAUAUUUCAACCUGUUAUGUAUAUUGGAACUUCUAUAGCCUGAUACCACCUGCUUUGUAGCAGUGUAUGGUGAGCACUUGAGAGAGAGAAUGUGUGUGUGUAUGUGGAUUUUUUUUUUAAACAUGAAUAUAUAUCUGUCCUUUACACUCCAUGUUGCUAAAUGAUAUUUCAUAUGCUUGGUUGUACUAAUAAUGGACCUUGUAAGUCUUUUGACCAUUCAUGACUAAUAAUAAAUAUGUACUGCUGGCAUGUA